GGGAGAGACGGACUGACAGCCGGAGGGAGCGCCGCGCAGCUCGAGCUGGACAAAGAUCGCGCUCGUUUUUACACUGAUUUUCGCCGUUUCGUGGCUGACGGAUGCUUGUUUGCGAACUUUGUACGCUUUGAUCUUCCUGUUUUUUUAUUGAAAGCGUUGUUUCUUUUACACUUUUCUACGCAAAAAAGAACAAAACGAAAUUUUGCGCCUUUCGUGCUUUUUUCGCGCUUUUACCGGACAAAUAUCACCACUGGUCGCUUGUUUGCUCCACUUUGGACAUCAGUUUUCACCCCGUUUUAAACACAUUAGUAACAAUACGCAAUACGCAAUACGCCUCGGAGUUAACUACAGCGUGACCAGCUGUAGAGGUAACGUAGCUAUACAGCCGUGUUGCAUGCUGUGUUUGCAUGCGUGCAUGCACGCGAGCGCGCGUGUUUUUUGGGUGGAUUUUCACGUGCCAAUCGUGCACGACCAUGCCACCGGCGCGCACGCAUUGGAAAGUUCCCAAACGAGUCGUUUGAUUAGCGGCGCGAGCGCGGUGUGCACGGUUUGUGCGGUUUGAAGUGUUCGCACGCGUUGCAGACAGCGUUAAAGAAGCGUGCAUAUCUGAGCGUUUUCUGUGCAUUUGAGUUCAUUUCGAGGAGGGCUUGUGGAAAAGCCUCGAAUUGCUUUUUUAUUGCAUUUAUUUGCAUUGCAUUGUAUUGUGCAUUUUUGGGGCACAGGACAUCAGAUCGGAUAACUUAAAAAAAAAAAAAACAAACAAACUUAAUAAAGAUCCCCAUCUGCCCCACCGUCCUUCCCUAUCCCACCCAACCUGUACCGGGAUAGCAUGGCAAUGGUAGUAAACCAGUGGCAGGAGAACAUUUCGGCGGACCCCGGCUCGCAGCUCCAGCUGUGCGGCCAGGAGCCCGGCGGCACCCCGGGGACGCCGUCCGGGUCCACGCCGGGCAACGACGCGCUCUCCGCGGACAAGAUCCCCAACGUGGACUGCAUGGUGUGCGGGGACAAGUCCAGCGGGAAGCACUACGGCCAGUUCACCUGCGAGGGCUGCAAGAGCUUCUUCAAGCGCUCCGUGCGGCGGAACCUCAGCUACACGUGCCGCGGAAACCGGGACUGCCCCAUCGACCAGCACCACCGCAACCAGUGCCAGUACUGCCGCCUGAAGAAGUGCCUGAAGGUCGGCAUGAGGAGAGAGGCCGUCCAGCGAGGCCGCAUGUCCAGCUCACAGUCCAGUCCAGGCCAGUACCUAACCAACGGCAACGAACCAUACAAUGGCCAGCCGUAUCUGUCCGGCUUCAUCUCCCUGCUGCUGCGGGCCGAGCCUUACCCCACCUCUCGUUACGGGGCCCAGUGCAUGCAGUCCAACAACCUCAUGGGCAUCGAGAACAUCUGUGAGCUGGCGGCUCGUCUGCUCUUCAGUGCAGUGGAAUGGGCCAAGAACAUCCCCUUCUUUCCUGACCUGCAACUCAUGGACCAGGUGGCGCUGUUGCGCAUGUCGUGGAGUGAGCUGUUUGUGCUGAAUGCGGCGCAAUGCUCCAUGCCUCUGCAUGUAGCGCCUCUGCUGGCCGCCGCUGGCCUACACGCCUCCCCCAUGUCGGCGGAGCGCGUGGUGGCCUUCAUGGACCAUAUCCGCGUCUUCCAGGAGCAAGUGGAGAAACUGAAGGCUCUGCAGGUGGACACGGCCGAGUACUCCUGCCUGAAGUCCAUCGUGCUCUUCACCUCAGAUGCCAUGGGUCUGUCUGACGUCGCCCACGUGGAGAGCAUCCAGGAGAAGUCACAGUGUGCUCUGGAAGAGUACGUACGAAACCAGUACCCCAACCAGCCCAACCGCUUCGGCCGACUGCUGCUCAGGCUGCCGUCUCUGCGCAUCGUCUCCUCUCCUGUCAUCGAGCAGCUCUUCUUCGUCCGCCUGGUGGGCAAGACGCCCAUCGAGACCCUCCUGAGGGACAUGCUGCUGUCUGGCUCCAGCUACAACUGGCCCUACAUGCCCGUCCAGAGGGACCGUCCAAUCUCCCUCCACUACAACGAAAACGGACCCUGAUCUCGCCUCCUCGGUGGGGUCACAGCCAAUAGGUAGACUCUUGUUUGUUGGCCACGCCCCACUUCAGCACCCAAUCAGCACCACUCGCUUUUCUGGCGCUCCAGUCACCAGUUCCAGCGGUCAGGAAUGGAACUCGCCGUAUUUUCGGCCGGCCUUUCAGAGCCUUUGUCUGACUCUUUCUCUCUUUGAAAGCGAUUGCGAAGAGAUUUACGUUCACGAUCUCUACGUUUACGAUCUCUACGUUACGUGACUUGAGGACUUCACUUAAAGCACUGUCUGACUCAAAAAGGGCUGAGUCCAUUCCUGAUUUUCACACAAACCAGAAGCCAUUAAAGCCGAUGCCAAAAUGUGUCCAUUUUUUCUUUCGUUUCUGUUUUUUUUUGUUGGACAUUUUGAGAAAGUCUGUACUUGGGUUGGGGGCUUGUCUCAAGACUGUAUAGAUCAAUCUGUUUGUGGGUGGAGAACUUUAAUGUAUUGAAAGGGGGCUGAAUUUGAGGAAAAGGACUGACGGAAGUUAACAGUACAACCCUACCAACAAAAAAAACUGAGAGGUCACACCGAGGUCACACAGCCAUUGCCAAAGCCGAAACGGCGUAUGAACUGUGCCGAACUUUUGCCAGUACUGGCCACAAACGUCUAUUUCGGUUUGUCCUCGACGUCAACACUUGUGUUUUAAAUCUCUGAAGGAGUCUGAAGAUGUGAAAGAGGCACUUGAUAUUUGAAACCAGCCAGGCACCCCCCCUCCCUCUCUCUCUCUAUGCUCUUUCCAGCUACCACCAAAAAUUCAGCACGGCUAGAUAGACACACUGUAGUUGCCAUGUAAGGUCUGUCUGUAAUGCUUACUGUAAAAGUUCUCAGUCUCCUCUUCCUUAAAUCGAGGAAAACACUGAAACGUAUAUCAGAACCUCAGCGAACAUGUAUAGUCGGCUCUCCUGGCCAGGGCGCCUCUGCUGUAUGUAGCAAUAGAUAUAUCGCAAAUAUUUUGAUAUCCUUCUAGCAGUUGGUUUGACUAUGUCGAAAUCCAGUCGUCACAGUUUUAAACAUGGCACUACAGCUUUUCAAAGGCAACGUUUGGAUCUAUAAGCCAUAGGGGCCUUGGAAAGCAGGACCUGUUGUAUUAGUUCACAGAAUAUUUCUAUAAGAGUUUUUGUUUUCUGUACUUUAGGUUUGAAAAAAAAAUGAAUCAAUUGAAUAAAAGCUGUUGUUCACAA